GACCAUUUUGCGGGGGGGAGCGGCGGCAGCGGGACCGGCACCGACACCGGCACCGGGAUCAGGGAGCGACACCGGGAUCGGCGCCGGGAUCGGGAUCGGGGAGCGGCACCGGGGGCGGCGGCGGCGCCUGACGGGGGAGCGGCGGCUCCGCAGGCGCGGCCUGAGGCGCUGGGCCCAGCGCUCCCGCUCGCUCCGGGCGGCCUCAGCGGCCCCGGCGGCCUCAGCGUCCCCGUUCGCUCCGCGCCCAGCCCCGGGCGGCCCGAACCGCGGGGAAGAUGUCGCGGCCCGUCAGGAACAGGAAGGUGGUGGAUUACUCCCAGUUUCAGGAAUCAGAUGAUGCUGAUGACGAUUAUGGAAGAGAUUCAGGUCCCCCAUCCAAGAAAAUCCGUUCGUCUCCCCGAGAGGCUAAAAACAAGAGGAGAUCUGGGAAGAAUUCUCAGGAGGACAGUGAGGAUUCAGAAGACAAAGAUGUGAAGACUAAGAAAGAUGAUUCACACUCAGCAGAUGAAGAUUUUGGCAGCGAGGACGAUGACGUAGGAGCUGACGAUGGCAAAGCCGACAGCGACUACGAGAGCUCUCAAAAAAGCAAAAAAGGCAAGAAGGCUAAACCAGACAAGAACAAGAGAGCAGCCUCCAAAUCCAGGAAAAGGCCUGCAGAGGACAGCGAGGAUGAGAAGGAAGAUCACAAAAACGUCCGUCAGCAGCGGCAGGCGGCGUCCAAAGCAGCCUCCAAACAACGGGAGAUGCUCAUGGAUGAUGUGGGGAGUGAGGAGGAAGAGCAAGAGGAUGAUGAGGCACAGUUCCAGGAGACAGAUUCAGGAAGCGAUGAAGACUUCCUCAUGGAAGAUGAUGAUGACAGUGACUAUGGCAGUUCAAAAAAGAAAAAUAAGAAGGUCUCCAAGAAAUCCAAGCCAGAGAGGAAAGAAAAGAAAAUGCCCAAGCCCAGGCUAAAGGCUACAGUGACCCCCAGCCCAGUGAAAGGCAAAGGGAAGGCAGGUCGCCCCACAGCUUCCAAGGCAACAAAAGAAAAGACCCCAUCCCCCAAAGAAGAGGAUGAAGAGCCUGAAAGUCCCCCAGAAAAGAAAAAAUCAGCCAGCCCUCCACCAGAAAAGUCAGGGGAUGAGGGAUCCGAAGAUGAAGCACCCUCUGGUGAAGAUUAAAAAUGGCAGUUGAGGAAAAUUCUUUGUUUAAAAAAAAAAAGAGGAAAAAAAAAAAAAGAAAAA